CCCCUCUAAAGACCGGUACUUGUCGGUUAUGUUCAGACCGGGUCCGUUGUUGCUCGGUGGUGUCACGCGUGGACCGUCAUGCCUCGUGGAUUUCUUGUGAAGAGAACCCGCCGCUGUUCGGUAUCGUAUCGUUCACGGACUCAGACGAGCGACGUGACGGUGAUCCCGUCUGACCCGGGUGCCGUACCAGAGUCUUCCUGUGUGACAGACCCGUGGAGCUCCCACGUGGAGUCCGCGCUGGAGGCGGAGGCGGAGCGGCGCGCACAGUUACCGGACACGGAGGAGCAGGUGGACGUUUGGACUCCGGAUGAUGAGUUCUCCUCCUGCUUCUGCCCUCCUCAUUUAGCGGAGUCCUGCAGUCCCGUCACACCGGUUGGUACCAGACUUCUGGAGCUGCACGAGGAAGCGGACAAACAGUGGCUGACGUCAUCCACGGUGCCGGAGGUACCGGAGCAGUCGUUCCUGAGAACUUCAUGUCACGCGUCCAUGGACAGGAUCCUUGCGACCAGCAGCCACCAGCACGCGCCGGCUCCCGGCCACAGUGACAAGUACGACGUGCACGGGAUCCCGCCGCUGACGCUGAUGAGCUCGGAACACGUGGACAUAAAACGCUCCUUCUUUGAUCCGGAUCAACGCCUGAGCAGCAAACCGGCGGUGGGAAAGAAACUAAAAGCCAACCGCAAACUUCACUUCGAAGAUGACGUCACGACCUCGCCAGUUUUAGGUCUGCGGAUCAAGAAAGAGAGUCCCGAGCUGAGGCGGCGGCACCGGGACAACCCGUCCGUUCCCAGCGGGAACCAGCCGCUGGGAGAGUUCAUCUGCCAGCUGUGUAAGGAGGAGUACCCGGACCCGUUCUCGCUCGCGCAGCAUAGGUGCUCGCGGAUCGUGCGCGUGGAGUACCGCUGUCCCGAGUGCGACAAGGUGUUCAGCUGCCCGGCCAACCUGGCGUCGCACCGCCGGUGGCACAAACCGCGCGCGGUGAGCGCCCACGAGGAGGGCAAAGAGAACGAGCUGCUGCGCGUGCACGCCAACCAGCACCACGGAGUCCCGGACAAUUCCGGCGUCCGGCUCCACAGUCCGGAAGUCCUCGCGCCGCCUCGCUACCGGAGCCCCGCGGACCUGCAGCAGCACGCGCGCGCAGCCGACAGCCCGCCCGCGAGCCUGCUGCUGCUCAACGAGCACGAGCAGCAACCUUCUGCAGACGAGGACGUGCACGAAUGCCGCCUCUGUGGCAAGAAGUUCCGCCGACAGGCGUACCUGAGGAAACACCUGGCUGUGCACGAGCUCGGCGCACGAGCCUCUCCUCCACCUGCGUCCUACGGUCAGGCGCGCGACACUAGCGGCGCGCACGUGUUCCUGUGCCACCUGUGCGGCGCGCGCUUCCCGUCGGUUGAGAUCAGGGACAAACACCGUCUGUGGCACGCGAUGAGGGACGAGUUGCUGGCGGGAACUCUGGGAGGCGGGUUCAGACCGGAAUUGCUGUCAGGUACCGCGGAACGCGAGCAGCAGAACUUCACGUGCAAACACUGUCCGUCCACGUUCUUCAGCUCGCCGGGCCUCUCGAGACACAUCAGCAAGUCUCAUCCCGCCCAGAACCGACAGGUGAUGCUGCUGCACGUGCCCGCGCGACCCUAGACACGCACACACGCUCUGUGACGGUUCCCGAAAGUUAGAAGUCACGACCCCAAGCGA